AUGAAGGCUGUUCAAACGAUACUCGGUGCUGCACAAAUCAAAUUUUCAGACGAGGAAGCCGUCAAUUUUGUCGACAGUCGACUCCCUCUCACCGAUACAAAGUUCGCGGCUCUCAAGGCACCAUACGACGACAUUUCCCGCUGUUUCCGCGAGGGCUCUUUCAAAGAUGUAAUCCAGUCGUAUAUGAAAGCACAGAGAGGCAAGGUGCAUUUCGACCCUGCACAGCACUUCACCUGGAGCGAUGUGCUGCAAGAGGUCGAGAAUACGCAGUCGCGAUACCAGGGUAAUGGUGACAAAGGCGUCCUGCGUAGCAUGCGAGAGAAGCUAAGGUCUUUUCAGGAGAACACUGAAAGAGUGGAGGGCUGGCUGAAGCUGUUGCCGACUGAAUCUUGGCAAGGAUCUCUGGUUUGUGGUGGUAUAAAGCUCAUUCUCACUGCCGCGCAGCAAAUGGGCAAGAUGCGGCUCGACAUCUGUGAAGCCAUAGAGACGAUUCCAGAGAUAAUAGCCAACACUCGAGCGCUGGAAUAUCUGUACUCGGAUGCGAAGAGACUCCGUGACCACGCCUCACGCCUGUACGUUGCAAUUCUAGAAGUGCUGGAAAUAUCGCUGUCUUGGUACGACAAGCAUCCCGUACGGAAAGCCGCGGCUUCCCUGUUUCGAGGCAGUGAUUACACUCGCCAGCUGGAUGUGGCCUUGACGAAUCUCAAGUCGCUUGAAGUGCGGAUCGACAAGCAGGCCUCAAUCAAUGGUCAAUUCGUGUUGGCAAGUACUGCUCGAGACGUUGCUGAAGUCUUGAACCACGUGAAGAACUUCGCAGUCGAGAAGAAAGCGAACUACCAGUGGCAAGCUCAGGUCGAUGAGUUGAGGAGUGAAAUGAUGCAGCAGAACAGGCGAUACCGGCAGCAGUAA